UCUUUUGCCGAGUUUCAUUUUCCCUGAAAUGAUACCUAACACUGCCUCAGUAUAUAAACCCUUCCUCGCUCAAGUCUCAGGAGUAAAACAUGGGUCUCUUGACUGUUGUUGCCGUUGUUGGAGGAGGAGCAGGGGCCGUGGCUGCAGCUCCUGUGGUGCUGGGAGUCAUUGGGUUUACCUCAGCUGGGAUAGCUGCUGGUUCUAUUGCUGCCCAGAUGAUGUCUGCAGCUGCCAUCGCUAAUGGAGGGGGAGUGGCAGCCGGAAGUUUGGUGGCUGGUUUGCAGGCAGCAGGUGCUGCUGGUCUGUCAGGAGCUGCCACAGCAGCUGUGGCUGGUGCUGGAGGGACUCUGGCAGGGCUGGCUGCAGUUCUCUUCUGAAAACUAUGAAGAAUAAAAGAUGAAGUUUGUUUGAAUUCAUUCAAAAGAAAGAAGCAGUUUUAAUGAUCAGGCCUAUAAACUAAAUUUAUUAAAAGCACUUUCUCACAUUCAGUCAGCUGAUUUGUUUGGUGAAUUAAACGCCUAAAACAGA